AGCUGCGUCCCCACAGCACCUCGUCCAACCCUAGCCGCCACGGGCAGGAGACGGCGCAGAGCACCUCGUCCGCCGGCGGCCGCCCUCCCCGCCGCCGCGUACCGUCAACCUCGUCCGUGAAUCGACCACCGCAGCACGCAGGCGGCGUCGAUUCUCUUGUCUCCCCCGACCACCUCUUCAGCCGCUGCCGCCGCCGCCGCUAAUCAGCGGGCGGAGAUGAAGCCAGUGGUGGGUAUCGUGGUGUCGAACAAGAUGCAGAAGUCGGUGGUGGUGGCGGUCGACCGCCUCUUCCACAACAAGGUGUACAACCGCUACGUCAAGCGCACCUCCAAGUUCAUGGCGCACGACGAGGCCGAAGGCUGCAACAUCGGCGACAGGGUUAGGCUGGAUCCUUCUAGGCCAUUGAGCAAAAACAAGCAUUGGAUUGUUGCCGAGGUUCUUCGAAGAGCUAAGAUGUAUGUUCCGCCGCCACCUGCACCAAAAGCUUCUGGUGCUACAACUCAACAAACUAGCAGCAAGUCAUCUGUUUAAAGAUCCUCAGAGGCAAACACAUACAUGUCAUUCAGAAUGUCUCUUCUUUGCUGACUGACGGCAUGUCCAGAGAACCAUCUCAUUGAAUAAACAACGGCUGCUACGAAAUGUUGUCUUUUGUGGUCCUCAUCAUGUUCAGCUUAUCAGUUUAUUUGUUUGCGGUCCGAAACUUGGUGAUCGAGAAUUUAUGUUGGACCCUAUACCUUCAA